AUGGCUCUAUAUUUGACGUUUGUACUUUCGACUCUUUACGUUGUUCCAGUCGCGGGGAGAACGGAGGUGGCGGUGGAAGCGUCGAGACCGAAAAGCAGCCGCGCCGAAGAAACGAACGUUCCUUCGUUCAAGAUUGAUGGUUUCGUCGAGAACGAAACACGCGCGUCUUUAUCGUCUUCGUCUUCUUCUUCCUUAGAGGAGAAGAAGAAAAGCGCGUCGAAACGUUCAAAGUCGUCCGUCGCGAACGACUCGAGCGCACCGAUGACGAAAAUGCCGUCGUCGACGACUACCGUCGAACCCGCAGUCGCGGGGGAAACGGACGACCUUUCCGAAGGAUUUAUCAGAAAGGGAGAGAUUUUUGCCCCGGCAAACGCGGCGGUUUUCGAAGGAAACGACGAAAUCGUCGCGCUUGGCAAAGACGACAACGAUCUUGUCGAUGAUUCGUCUUUGGAGGUUCUCAAAGUUGAAGAUCCGCUCGUGGAAUUUCGAAAAAGUGACUUUGUUGAAAAAUUUGACAUGUCAAAAAAUGUGCAUCGCAUCGAACCUUUGGAUGAAAACGGUCCUUUACCUUCGGAUUACGUUCCUCCGGAGUCGAAAAUUACCGAGGAUGAGUUUCGAGCAGAAUUUGACGCAAGGUUUAACAACAUGACCGAAGCUGAGGCAAUGUUGGGUGCUGGUAAAAAUGAAACAAGUGCUCUUGGUGCUUGGAUUUAUCAAGGACAAUACCACUCUCACACGAACUGGCAUCGCGAAAUCACUGGAUGGGGGUAUGCUUGGGGGGGGUGCUCGGCAAUUUGCGGCCCAUAUGGUUGGAGAUAUGACGGAAGGAAAUACCGAGAUUGUGCUACUCACGUAUACUAUCAUCGAUACCAAGACUUUAACUGCUAUAGUUCGGGGUGGUGGUGGUGGUAUCGCAGCUGGUGCACAUGGGGCAGCUAUCAUUAUAAAUACUCGCAUUCCAGUUCUGGAUCGUGUAGUAGCUAUGGUUGGUAUCAGUUUCGAAGCGUUGGCUGUAACAGGCACGCGUGCCCACCGCCGCCGAGUCCACCACCGCCUGGUGCGAGUGCUGGCACUCCUCAAGUUUCCAUCGCUCAAAAACCCGUAAUUUUGACGGAUUAUGAGUUUGAUUUUCAAAUUUCCGUCUCGGACGACGGUUGCUAUGACCCGUCGAACUGUUUCAGAGACGACUCGACUCGCGCAGAGAACAGCAACCGUGGCUUAGUUUGCCAAGCGUACGUUAAAAAGAAAGAUGAUUCUUCGUGCGGGUACGCAAAAUCAGAAGCCCGCAAGUACCCUUGCUUAAGAUGGGAUAACUUCUUCGAUAGCCAAAAGUCUGGGGCUGGAAAAGUUGCUCUCACGUUAACGAACGAAAACAACGAAAAAGUUGUUGGACAUAUGCAAAUCUGGCAUCAUUGCUUUUGGAAGUAUCCGGACGGUACCAUCGUCCCGCAAACUUCCAAAAACAAAUUCGAGCUUUUACAUGAAUUUGAAGCUGUUAAAGACUGCGGACACUGGGCGCCCGCGUCGGUGAAUACUCCGAACAAUCCAGUUAUAUCGACAAUCGCGCGCAAGUUUUUGCUUUCCAGUCCUACGUUUCUGGCUUCGAAUUGCGACGACGUAGUCUCGUCUCGCGAAGCAGUGUUCCGUGAGUUUGAUAAGUAUCCACUCGAUGGUAAAUUAUCGUUUGAUGAGAUUGAGCGUGCAUUUUUGUCGCACGAUGUUGAUAUAAGCUAUCUCAAUCAUCUGCAAAAUACGGGCUCAUUUAAAGACGUGUUAUUAAGCCAGGUGAUCUUGUCCCCCACGUUUCCUUUCUUGUGCAUUCCGAAAGAUCCUGUGCCGGAAGUUGUCGUGAAUAAAAUAACUUAUCCAGUCAUGGAUACCCAGGAGGAAGAAUGUGCCGCGAACAACGAGAAACUCGAUUUGGAGUGGGAUUAUAAUCUUAAAUUGAAUACUGAGAGAGACUUUGCUUGCGUCUAUGCCGAUGGUUUAUUGUAUCGAAAGAUCCCGGGAAAGGAUAUGACAGAGCCUAAAGGGAAAGCAAUCGAAGACAUUCGUCCCUCUUUAAGCGUUGGAUCUAAAGCCGUCCGUUUGGUCUCGCAACUUACGUUUGAUGAUAAAUCUGAGACAGAUAAAUUUGUCGCUAGGGCUAGUGUAAGUGUAACUUCGUGCGGUGCUGGACUCAAGUGCCUCAAACGUGCUUUAACGAUAUAUCACCCUUACAAACCGGCGGGGUCAUAUUGCGAUGAGACACUCCGUGGCGAAAAUGGAAAAGGCUAUCGAGGCUGCCAAACUAAAACCCGCGGAGGAUACACGUGUCAGUCUUGGUCUAAGCAAUCGCCGCAUGCUCAUGGAGACAUUACUCCACAAUCGAAACCCAACGAUGGUUUAGAAAGUAACUAUUGUCGUAAUCCUGGGGGGGAGGGGGAGUCUACGAUUUGGUGUUAUACUACAAAUGAAAAAAAACGGUGGGAUUAUUGCGAUCCUCGCAUCGGAACCGCUCUGGUGGGCGGUCAUGGUGGCAUCGUGCUCACCGAUCAGCCGCCGAUGCAAAUGUCUGCUGUCAUGACGUGGGUUAGAUUGUAUUCUGUGUAUUUCGGAACGGUUGCUCACAUCUGGUACGCUCGAGAGCAAGAUCCUAAAUACGAAAAAUAUUUCGGCAUCACUAGCGGGAGACAAGUGACCGCAAAAUAUUACGGUCAACAGCUCAUUGCGCCACCGCAACUGAGUUACGGCACUCAAGAGGGAAAUUGGCACCACGUUGCGAUGGUUUUGAACAAAGAACAUGGACUCCGACUCUUUCUUAACGGAAAGAAUGUAGCUUCGACAAAUAUUGUUGAGAACAACAAUAUCGAUUAUCCGACGUUUUCGCCCACGGUAAAUGUGCUUGAUUUGAGGGCUGAAUACGAUGAUUUCCGCAUCUACCGCGGAGUUUUGACCGACAACCACGUCAAGUCUAUCCAUGAUUGCGGUCGCUCUGUUUCAUGCUCAAAACUUACGGCGAGUCGACCGCAAUCGCGUCGAAUUUAUUGCAUCAUGCCUUCUUUCACAGCCAAGAUGAGCGAUAACUACGUGCCGCCGUGCGUUACCGGCUUAUUUUACAACGGAGCGGUUAUAGAUUUGCAAGGUAUACCGAGUCGAAAGGGUUUAUCAUUUUCAUUUCGCGACACAGCAUUAAAUGAGAAAAGUUUUGAAGUUUUGCGAAGGACAGUAGACGCGAGCGGGCAACCAAACGGAGACUACACCGCGGUUGUUCUUAUUGAGUCUUCCUUGGAGUUGUGCGCGACAACCUUUGCGUCGCUGACGUUUUUUGACGACCAAACCAUGCAAACUCCUGGAAUCACGUAUGAUUACGCAAUUCGGACUAAAAUGGAAUCAAAAACUGCCAAGUCUGCAAUUUCUGACCCGUUAUUAUACACUGUCCCGUGGUACGCGACUGUUGACGGGGAAGUUACCGUCGGCGCCACGGGAAAACCACAAAAAUUUGUUCGCGUCUGCGCCUAUCUUGUGAGAACGGUGAGUAAAUCCGCCGCGAUGACCGAUAUCGUUCCUCCUAUGUCCAAGAAGGAAAAUGUCGCUGAAUUUAUGAAAGUCGAUCAUUCCAACAAGUCGGACAAGAAAGUAAACGAAACGGCGUACCAAGCGACGGAUGCGCAACUCGACACGUCCGUUUCUUUGAAUGGAGGCGAGUAUGCGAAAAUUACGCUGAGCACGUUUUCUGCGAUUGAAAGUGUAAAAGUUUGGACAGAAGGAACGAAAUUGCAUGUAUUAGACGUUCGCGUUUUAGAUUACGAUGAUCCAAAAGAUGCUGGUGAUACAGGUUCGAAGUGUAUCCUCGCACGUAACGAAACGGAUGGUUCGAUUUUAUUCGAGCGCAAAUACGACCUGACUGGUCAAAGCUACAUUUGCUCGGGGACGAACGUCAAAGUUUAUACUGGUCAGCUCAUCACUGUGAAGUCUUUGGAAAACCCCGUGAAUACCGAUAUAAUGAAAGUUGCAGAAAUUGAAGCUCAAGGCGUGAAAAUAAACUGCCCAUAUUCGACUUUCACCGACGAGGAUGGAUUUUACGAGAUGGAAAUCAUCGAUUUCACGCCAAAUUUGCCAAAAGUUAUGCAUCUCGGGAUUCUCGCGCACAUGGUCAAAAUUUUUGAUCCUACCGACGAAACUCUACUUACGGUGAAUCAAGAUACUGCUCCUGAAUCGUUUUUACUGGCGUUGGAUCUUGACAAGACUGCAUUCAAGGAGAUUGCCGUUGCGCACUCGCCGCCCUCGCCGCCACCACCUCCUUCGCCGCCGCCGAAGAACGACGCACUAUUGGGUGAUGUACACGACGACGACAAAGUCUUGAAAAUGGACAAACCGCUCGAGAGUAUGAAAAAGAAAAAAGUUAUCGAGGUUAACGGAACCGCCAUUCUCGAUUUUUCUCCUCCUCUCGACGAAAACGGCAAGUUACCGGACGAGUACGUUCCGCCGUCUCCGAAUAUGACUGCCACUGAUAUGGACGCUUUGCUUCCAAACAUCACAAGCGUCGACCAGAAUGUUUCAUCUCUCGGAUAUGCCGUAUAUACGGGAACAAGUCAUUAUCAGACGGUGUACUAUUACGGAUUCAGCAAUUGGUACACGACGACCGGCUGCAGCAAAAGUUGUGGCGGAGGUUCUUACAUGCAAAAACAAAAUUAUCGCUGGCAUCCACAGUACAGAUACAGAUAUAAUUACUGCAACAAAGCGUGUUAUUGGUGGUGGGGAUGGCACUGUUAUUACUCGCACUGCUGGAAUAACGGCCACGCUUACAGUGUCAAUGGAGGUUGGAGCUCUUGGCAUCACUACAAUACCAAGUAUUUGUCGUGUAACACGCACUCGUGCGCGCCGCCACCGAGUCCACCACCGCCGAGUCCACCACCUCCAAGUCCGCCGCCCCCACCGCCGAGUCCACCACCGCCGAGUCCACCACCUCCAAGUCCGCCGCCCCCACCGCCGAGUCCGCCACCGCCGAGUCCACCACCGCCGAGUCCGCCGCCGCCGAGCCCGCCGCCGCCGAGCCCGCCGCCUCCAAGUCCACCACCUCCAAGUCCAAGUCCACCACCGCCGAGCCCACCACCGCCGAGCCCACCACCGCCGAGCCCACCACCACCGAGCCCACCGCCACCUUCACCACCACCUUCACCGCCGCCGUCACCACCGCCGCCACACUUUGAUUUCGUGAAUCAAAAUAACUCCAGCAAAAAUAUCGAUAAGAAUGAAUUCAUCGCUUACGCGAUGAACAGAACAAAGUAUGUCGACGCUCGAAUGAUACUAUCUGAUGAGUUCUGGUCUACUAUUGAUCAAAAUAAGGACGGGGAGUUGGACGCAAACGAAUUUGGAAGUGUCCGCAUCGCGCUCGACCAAGAUGUUAUUUUUGCAACACCAUGGUUGGUGUAUCCGCCGAUUGAAACGGAAUAUCAUAGUCUAUUUGAAGUGGAAGGUACGAAAAGCGAUAGCAAUGCUCUCUUUGCGCUUCAUCCUACACAAAAGUUCGCACUUCCGUUUACUCAAGAGAACUGGCAAAAAUGGCUCCAAUCGCAAACGAAUGAAACGAGUGGAUUUUCACUCUCUUUACCAAAGUCUUCGGAUACGUCGUUGCGUUCUAAUUUAGCUGCAAUGGGCCCGGUAACUGUACCAGAAUCAAAAAAGUACGUCAUUCCGUUCGCGACGCAUCGAAAUGAGCACGUUUCUUUGACGAAGCACGUCCAUCUCUCCGAACGCGUCUUUUUUGCCGACGCCACCCACGGUAUUGCGAAAAAUUUAUUCAAAUCGACGUUUGAAAUCCACGCCAUGCGUCAAUUACCGGACGUUAUUCACAUCUUUAAUAAAGAUCCCAAUGAUAAAGAAAAGGAGCAAGAAGCUUUGGAAAGAGGAACGGAUGAAUUAACGCAAGAUUCGAAUGACGAUUUCCCUAUGUCCUCUAUGGCGCAAGCUCACCUUGGUAAAGUCGCUAAGGGCAGAGUGAAAUAUACGUGCUCGCCAACGCCAUUGAUUGAAAAUUUAAAACCUGGAGGUUGCGUGAUAUCAGAUGAUACGUCUGUUUUGGUGUACGGAGUCGUGCGUUUCCCAGCUUCGCGGACGCAAGAGUAUCUUUGCGGGGUACCCCGCGCUGUUAUUAGCGUUUACGAGAUAAUCGAUGGCGUUGUAGCUAACGAGGGGGAUUACAUCUAUGCCGACGAUCUUGGAUUUUUUAACUUUGCGGCCACACCAGGCACGAGUUGGAAAUUUGUCGCAACUUACAGAGGGCCGGACUCGAAAGCUAGAAAAGGCGCGGGACCUGAGUUUGAGCCAAGGACGGAUAGAAAGUUAUGCUACGCCGGCAAUAAAUACGAUGAUGCAAUGCAAGAUUCGAGCUGCAAAAACGAAGCAGCCUAUACCACGUCUUUCGUUUUGAACGAAGUUGUUGGUGGAGAAACGAUAGUGUUUAUGGACGUGACCGAAAGAAUCAUAGACCUUGGUCUCUUUGCAGGUGCUUGCGAAGAUACAUACACCGGGUACUCAUUUCUCAUCUCUCCCGCUAAUGGAUGCGGAUCGAGUUUCACGAUUACUGAUGCAGACUUAGAACUACCUAAAUUCAAAGAAAGCGCUCUGAUUACGAAAUAUAACAGUCCAACCGUAAGAAAGUGGCCGUAUGCGGCGAUGGAUUAUUACAUUCAACUGGACGAGGCGCCAGAUGUUAGCGCGUUGACGGAAACGAAGCUCGUGAAUUGGGAAAGUAGUAACGGUUUGAAAGGCGGUAAAAAAUUUGUCGGCGCGUCUUGCAAACCGCCAGGUUCGGAUAUCAUGCAAUUUUUCCGAGAUAGAGACGCCCUGGUUCGAACGCUUUUGCUUCUCAACCCGAAGGAAGAAAGUAAUGACAUCAUUCACGACGACGCAAAGUACGCCUAUCACGGAUGGUUUUGCGCUACUCCUUACUUGAACGAUAUUGACACCCAAGACCCGGAUCCUGCUAAAGAUCCAUUUUAUGUCAUAACGAGUAAGGAUGAUGUUUGCCUCGGAGAUAAUAACAACGAUUUGAGAGAAAAGAAUCUCAUAGGGAUUACGAAUGCUAUGUACUCUAAGCUAAAGAAUCCCGUGGUAGAUAAGAAAUACGUGUCCAUGCGAGUUAUGGAGGCGCACUUAACGUCGAAAGACGAAAUUUCCACGUGCUCGACAUUUGAGUCUCCAACGUCAGAAAAUCUUAAAGUCACCGUUCGUUUGCAACAAGAUAUCGGACCGGAAGGAGACAAGAAUCCGUGUCAUUCGAGUUCAUUGCCGUCGGACGACUGCGUGUUUUCAAAAGUUGACGCGGAGACUCACUUUUUGAACUUCAAACAGCCUGCAAGUGAUGCAACAGAACACGAAGUUGAUGAUUCUUCGAAAUUUUAUACAAUUGACGCCGACGGUGCUAUUCCUAACUUGGUCGCCCCAUAUCGUCGUAAGGUACUCGCGCGAUUGCAGCGUGACGACGGCUGGGCGGUAACAAAUCUUGAAGUUCAACGAGAACUUGUCACGAUGCAGUCAAAAGUCCGCGGUGGAGGAAAUGACAAGAGUGCACGAUAUCAAAGCGCCGUUGAGUUCUAUGCCACCGCCCCUGUUCGUGGAUUAGUGUACACGGUAGUGCACGAUCCACCCGGCGGCGAUUCGGUUGCCUCCAUUUCUAAAGGAACAGAAGUUUCAUUGGCGCUGAGUCUUGCAAGUACAAGAGCAGCGACUGGUUCAAUGGGUUUCGGCUUCAAGGCCGGAAUAGAAUCAGAACUUAAAUUCACGCCAAAAGUUGAUGCUGGAUCUAGUUAUGUCAACGCUUUGAUAGAUCUUGACCCCAAUGAAGCGGGUGCAGACUUAGGUGAAAACCAAGGAAGGAGGCAUUUGUUAGAAAGCUCGGAAGGACGGCGGUUUAAAAUGAUGCCAAUUAUGAAGUCAGUACCUGUGCACAAAGAUGAACCCAUUUAUGAAAUGCGAGAUGUGUAUGAAGAUCGAAAGAGAGUGGAAAAAGUUUAUCUCGAUAACAAGAAAACGUCGAGCAUUCGUAAAAGUAAUGAAAAGGGAGAUUUUGGAAGAUUUGGGGGUUACAAGGUGCAGGAGAGUGGGCACGAGUACAGAAGAGGUCACGGUCAACAAGAGUUCGAAACGCGCGAAAUUACGGAGAGAGUGAAAGUAGGAGAAGAAAAAGUCAAAAUUGGGACAAGAAAAGUGAAGGUUGGGGACAAAAAAGUUCUUGACUUUGCCAAAAUCCCAAUCCCAAAAUUGGGAGAAGAAAAAGCAGGGAAACCUGAAGGGGGCAAAGGCCCCAUUACAGUUGAAACCGAAACAGGAGCAAGUCUCUCCAUCAAUGGCCCAUCAGUUAGUGUAAACUCUGAUGUCAAUGAUGGAUGGGACUUCUCCAUGACGUUGAGUCGCAAUGUCGAAUCUAGUGCUGAUCCUGGUAUACCUGGACGCUCGGGCGACACAAUCUUGGGUGGUGGUUUUGAAAUAGUGUACGUGAAGACCGAUGUUGUAGAUAUCCGAUUACUUCCAGCUGAAAUUUCAGAAGGUGAGCAAAAAAGCGAUUGGUUCGACUGCAAGGAUGCCGAUGACAUAGAGCCUGAUGUUGUUAUAACACGCGGUGAUGGUAUCGAUGGUUCUGCUGCUUACUCGCACGAAGCGUAUAAAUUCAUGAAAGAUAAGAUGGUACGCAUGUCUACAGCAAAUCAUUAUUUUACUACUGUCAAUUUCAAAAACGCAGAAAAGAAAGAUUUCUGUUACUCUAUUCAAUUCAAAGUAACGCAGAAAGAUGUGGCAGAGAAGAAGCAGUGCAGAGUUGAAUAUUUCGCUCCGAAGAAGAAAUCUGGAGAGUGCUCCUCUUAUGAUAAAAGUGAUAAAACCUUUGGACAACCGACGGAACCAAGCGAAGAGUACAAGAUCGCUACGGCAGACGGCGCCGAAGGCAUUGGUUUGAAAGAAUUUUACUACCUGAGUAAAAGUAAAAGCAAAGACUCUAAGGCUCCAUCAUGUUUAACCGUCGUUCCUCAAGUUCAAUGGCUUCCGCGUAAACCGACGACAUAUUUAUCGACAAUAUUCACGAUAGAAACUAGAGUAAUUCCGGAACUCGAAGGUUUGAUCAAAGUUGCAAACGAUCCGAACUCUUUAAUGUCGGAUGAUAGUAUUUCAGAAAGUACAAACAUACCGCAAGUUUUGAAAAUUAAAGAAAUUUGGAAAGGUCGUUUGAAGCAAUCGAUCAGCGACUGGAAAUAUACUUUGGAGUUGGUUUCCCCAGACUAUCAUCCUGAAGGACUUUUAGCGAAAUCAGAUAAAGAUCAAAAGGCAUACUUAAAAGGAAUUGACUUAAAGUGGUCGAAGGAUAUUAAUGCCGCGCUCAGUUCGGAUGAAAGCGUGUUUGGGACCCUAUCGAAGGAUAAGGUGAAGGAGGUAUAUAAACGGCCUGCGGAAGGUAUGACUUUGAGUACUGACAUUCAUGACACGGAUGUAUGGAAAGAUGUGCAACAAACUUGGGAUGAAAUAGGGCCCAAAAAAUAUUUAUCUAUCGUGCCAGGACUUAAGGAAGCAAUGACUUUAGGCGGUAAAGUGCCGACGUUGAAAGAUUUGCCGGUUGCAGCUAUGCUUAAAACUGCAAGUUUUAUUUUAACUCCUGGUGAUGAGAUUCCGCUUUAUAGUCAUCCACUAAAUAUGGUGAACUAUGCUCAAACGAUGAUAGAUGCUGCUACUUCCAUUUUUGGGAACGAAAAAGGAGGAGACGUGGCAACGACUGCAGAUUCAUGGAUGAAAACUCUCACUCCAGAUGAACCCGGCUUUUACUCUCGAGGUAUGGAUGACGUUCCAGACUCUGAAAAUUUAAUUGACGCUUCAGUUUAUGGAAGCACUGCGCCUUUUACGUUCGCGAAAAACCCCAAAACGAAGUCUUCUGAGUAUUCACCGCUGGAUGACCACCCGGAACCCAAAUUAGGUGGGCCACAAGCUGACAUCUAUUUAACAUUUAGCGGCGGCGGCCACAGUAUAUCAUUUUCUCAGAGUGUGAACGACAAUAUUGCUGGUGGAGAUUAUAGCUGGGGUAUUUCAUUGGAAGCUGGCCUCGCAUUUGAAGGUGAGCGAGAAUUCGGUGUUUCGGUUUUAUCAGCCGGCUAUAAUGGUAAUGUUGAAGUGCAGGCAACAACUGAGGCAACACGCAAUGUGGCGUGGGCUAAGUAUGGGAGUUUGGAAACUUCCUAUUCCCUAGGUGAUCCAGACCCGUACGAUAAAUUUGUAAUCCGUGUCUCGACGGAUAAGCGCUUCGGCACACCAACGUUUAAAACGAUUGGAGGUGCCUCGAAAUGUCCGGGAGAACCAAACACGAUGUGGCGCGAAUCUGGAAUGAUCCUUCAAACUGAGUGGUCGCCUGGAGUAAAUAACGAAUUUAUACCACCAGGAGACGACGCGUUGUACGAUCUCAUAAUCACGAAUGAAUCACCGUACAGAGAGGGUAUGUCUUACGGUCUCGUACUCACAACUGGAGAGACGUGGAAAGGGGCCGAUGGUGCUAACAUGAGAGAUUUAUCGUUUUCGGUGAGCAAUGUGGGAGGCCUUUCAAUUUUGGGGAGCAUGACGCCGCUGGACUCUGUCAACUCCGUAAAUAAUGAUGGCGAUUUAGUUCACACCGUAAUGACAAUGCGAGUUUCGAAAGGAGUCUUUGCGGACAAGUACACGGAUAUUGGCGUAAUGCUCGUUUCCGCGUGUGAAUUUUCUAGCGAUUGGAUGUAUCGCGAUCCAAUUUCGUCUACCGCAUAUUUAGGUGAUAUGAAAUGGGAGCGAGAGUGUCCACCGGUGCAGUGGGAUGAAACCACCGUGAACAAAUAUUUGAACAAAAAAGUACACGCGCAGUCGUGGCCAGUUUUGAAUUACACCGUUUUGAAUCCCAACCCGGUGAAUUUAUGGACCAAAGACAAAGGGACGCAAGAAGGUAAAUACGACCACUUAGUUCACGAAAACGUUGAAUUCGUUCGCAUCCAGUGGAGGAAAUUAAACGAAGGCGAGUGGAUCAACGCGUGGAACGACGAUAAGUCCGACGCGGACGUUCAAUGCGACACUGCGCGCGGACAAGGAUGCAAAUUGCCAUGGAAUAUCGAAAAUCAAUACUUCAUGAACGGUUUGAGAGACGGAACUUGGGAAAUUCGAGCAAAAGUAUUUUGCUCCGGUUACGACUCGUUCGCGGCAGCAGGUGUGAAAUACUCAUCGACUGAAGAUAAUUUGAACUUAAUAGUCGACGUAAACCAACCGCUAGCUGUAGAUGCGUCAAUCUUGAACGAUGUCUUCAAGGUUGAUUUCAGCGAACCGUUAGCAUGUCCGCAGCUUGCGCCUUCGCAGAUGCCGUAUCAAAUCAGACACGUGAAAACCUGCGACGGAUCGAACAUAGAUUCAAACGUCGGUUCAUUUUCAGCGGAAGCUGUAAUAAACACCUUCAGCUUUGUGUGCAUGAACGGAGACGGUAAAGGGUCUCUCGUUGCCAAGUUUCCCGGGAACGUCGGCGAGGGAAGUUACGAGCUCACGGUAAAUCCUUUCUUGUACAAAGCGAAAACGAGCGAGGAACGCAAAAAGCUACUCGCGGAUGUAAACGGUAAUCCAGUAGCAACUGCAAAAUACACCACAACUUUUGGAUGCAAAGGCGCUGAUGCCUCGUCAUCGAAAGCAGCCACUUUGACGUCCACUCUUGGAUUAUCCCGCGAAAACAGCACGAACGAAAAGAAGAAACGAAACAUGAAAGAUAUCGACGAAUUCAGAAACGCAGAGCUCGGCGAGAACAUGAAAACGAGCACCACGAUGAAAACUACCACGCUUCUGUUUGGUUUCUGCGCGACUGUAGUCCUCACCGCCUCGGUUGUUUUCGCCGCCGUGUCUCCUUCCGCGCGAAGCGAAGGAGGCGAAAGAAAGAGCGCGAUGAUGCGUCUUUUCGGACGCCGUCAAAGUCAUUCGUCGAGAGACGAGGACGACGCGCUUCUCGAACAGUCGUCAAUUAACUCGAAUGUUUACGGUUCCGUCAUUUAA